AUGAAAUUUUCGGUGGCAACUACCCUCGCUCUUGUCGCAGCGGCAAAUGCCUUCCCAAUUGGCUCGGUGCAGUCCCUAUUGGGCUCGUUCAAGGACUCUGCCAACGUCUUACCCAUUGUGGCUGACUCCGAAACCCAGAACUUCCCAUGGCCCCCAUGGUCGAAGCCAUUGAUUGACACAGAAAAAUUGCAAGAUGCAAUUUCUGCCGAAGCAUUGAAGGAGAGAGCUGAGGCUCUUUUCAACAUCUCCAAGGCCUCUAUUGACAAGUAUGGUCACCCAACAAGAGUCAUUGGCUCUCCUGGUCACUGGGGUACCAUCAACUAUAUUUUGGAAGAAUUGGGCAAAUUAGGUAGUUACUAUUCGUUUGAUGUUCAACGUUUCGAGGCAAUUGACGGUCGCGUCAAGUCUUUUUCACUUUUGAUCGAUGGAGUGCAGCCCAAACUGUUGCUGGCUUUGGCUUUGACUCCUCCAACUCCAAAGGGCAGACCAGUCCACGGAAACUUGGUUUUGGCUGCAAACUACGGAUGUGACGCUGCAGACUUCCCGGCUAACUUGACUGCUGGCAACAUUGUAUUGGUCGAGAGAGGCCAGUGCGCUUUCGGUGAUAAGUCUAUCAACGCAGGCAAUGCUGGUGCCGUCGGUGUGAUUAUCUAUGACAAGGAUGCACCUUUGCACGGCACCUUGGGCGAACCUACCGGCAAGGAGGUGCCUACUGUGUCGAUUAGUACCAAGGAUGCCGAGAAGUACAUUGAGGUGUUGAAGAAGAAGCCUUCUCAUGUGUUUGAGACCACCUUGUACGUGGACUCGUACGUGAAGAAGAUUAAGACAACCAAUGUAAUUGCCGAGACCAGAGGCGGUGACCACAACAACGUGGUGUCUUUGGGUGCACACUCUGACUCUGUGGCAGAGGGACCAGGUAUCAACGAUGACGGAUCUGGUACCAUCUCUUUGCUUGAGGUUGCUAAGCAAUUGAGCAAAUACAAGGUCAACAACGCCGUGCGUUUCGCAUGGUGGGCUGCCGAGGAGGAAGGACUUUUGGGCUCUUACGCUUACGCCAACUCCCUCUCGGAUGAUGAGAACCAGAAGUUGCGUCUUUUCAUGGACUACGACAUGAUGGCUUCUCCAAACUACGAGUACCAGGUGUACGAUGCCAACAACAAGGACCACCCUAAUGGAUCUGGAGACUUGAAAGACCUUUACAUUGACUGGUACGUGAGCCACGGCUUGAACUACACUUUAGUGCCAUUUGACGGCAGAAGUGACUAUGUCGGCUUCAUUGACGUUGGGAUUCCAGCUGGAGGUAUUGCCACUGGAGCUGAGGGUGUCAAGACAAAGAAGGGCCAAGAGAAGUUCGGCGGUGAGGCUGGCAAGUGGUUUGACCCAUGUUACCACCAGUUGUGUGACAACUUGGACAACCCAGACUAUGGGGCCUGGGUGAUCAACACCAAGUUGAUUGCACACUCCGUUGCUACCUACGCCAAGAGUUUCGAGGGAUUCCCUGAGAGAGAGGCACCUUCUGCAAUGCUGAUCUCCUCCACCAAGGUGAGUGACUCCUUCAAGUAUCGUGGCCCUAACCUCAUUAUCUAA